CGGUUAGCGUGCUAACCACAGUGAUGUGUUGAGGAUGAGACAGCAAACCUCCGAAUGAUGCCGUUUCACCGUCUGUACCGCGAUUAGAGAUGAGAUACCGCCGUCAGACACGAAUAAACCGCCGUGUGGGAUCAUUUCUGUGGAUAUUGAGCGAAUAAAAGCGUUCUGAGGUGAUGACUGUUUAUGAUUUAUACACCGGCAUUGAGCUGCAGCUGAUGUGUGUCACACAGAUCAGUGUGUGAACUUGUGUAAAUAUAUCAGGAGUAAUGAUGAUAAUGGAUAUAGUUUGUGUUUUAAAGACCGAACAGUUAACCAGCAGGCGCUUUUAAUGUGCUAACCGGGAGCUAGCUGUCGUUAGUCUGUUGUGAGGGCGACAUUAUUGAUUAUAAGUACUGAUUUAUCAUAAGCAGUGCAGUAGGACGUGUCAAACUCGUGCUUUUGUCAAUGGGGACUAUAAGUGAUUUACUAACGACGUCAUCGCACAGACUCUAGUGUAUUCCCCAGACACAUCCCUACACUGUAUUUACCAUAUUUACAUCCUUAUCAAGAGUGAAUUUCACCACAUGCAUCACUCAGACUCGCCUGGUGAGACGCCCUCGAGCAGGAGGAUGUCCCACCCAUCUGUGUUCGCUGGCCGCAGGGGCAGUAACCCCACCAGUGGUGCCACGGUCAGUAUUAACUGCCCCGUUGCCCCAGCCGAAGACCAUCAGACCGCAGGGAUGAUGCCCCACGCGGCCCCCACCGGCUCUUCAUCCCCUGGACCGCAUCACCCACCCCACAGCCUCAACAUCCACCCUCAGGGUCAGACCGUUGGGGCACAGGUCAAAAAGAAGAGUGGCUUUCAGAUCACAAGCGUUCUGCCUGCGCAGGUGUCCGCCAGCGCUAAUAACAGCAUUGCGGACGAUACCGAGAGUUAUGAUGACAUGGACGAGUCCCACACAGAGGACCUCUCCUCAUCCGACAUCCUCGAUGUGUCCGUUUCUCGAGCCACAGACACGGGCGUUCCCGAGAGGAGUUCUUCCGAAGAAACGCUGAAUAGUUUGCAUGGAGGUGAGACUCCUGGGGUUGCGUCGCCCAAUGAACCGGUCUUGCAUCACCCGCAGCAAGGGUACAUGGCCAAUGGAGUCCAUCACCACGCUCAUCAUCAUCAUCAUCAGCCUCAUGGACAUCACAAGGAGCAAGUCACUCGUCCUGUAGCAGCCGGCCAAGUGAGGCCUGCGUCAUUGGCGUCUACAGGCGCCUCGGCUCAGCGAAGUGGGCGAUCAACCCAAGCUUCUGUUGUGGACAGUGGUGGAACCGCAGCAGUAAGUCACCCUGUGGCUUCAACAGGAAGUGUUGUGGGGACUGCAACAGAGGUUGGAGGUGGAGCAGGCCCCACAGGAAGUGCGACGGUUCCACCUGCACAGUUGCCACCUCCAACCACAACUACAACCCAAACUCAGAUGACUGCAGCUGCCACAGGGUCUCGUUUCAGGGUGGUCAAACUCGAUUCCAACUCAGAGCCGUUUCGAAAGGGCCGCUGGAUGUGUGCAGAGUAUUAUGAGAAAGACGCCCCGCCUGGAGACACAACAGUAGCCGCUCACAGAACUGUGGAGACCAUCAUUCAAUCUGAACAUGAGACCACGAGUGGCAGUUCUUCUGGAAGCACUCUAAGUGGUGGAGGAGACGUCCAACAGACGUAUGCAACGCACACCACUCUGCCCUCUCACCCUCAAGACCCAAGCGCUCACCCGAUUCUCCAGCCUGCUGUUGCCCCCUUAAUCAACCCCCAGGCAGUUACUGUGACAGGUGUGAUUGGCACUGAGAGUUCAUCUGCCCCUGUUAGACCCCAACAGCCGGUAUCCUACACCGUAGAAGGCCAAAUACCCCAAAUGCAGAGCAGCUACCCCUCUAAUGUGAAACCCGCCGUGUCUGUCACCCAGAGCGGAAUGGCACCAAUGGAAUACGCCCAAAUGCCCACAGCUCAACCUCUCCAGAUUCCUCCAAUUCAGACUGCGGUGUCGCCCCGAGCGACUCCAGUGCCCAUUGGCAUACCUGGACUUCCUGUAGGUGCCCCAGUGGCUGUUCCUCAGCCCGUAUCUCCAAGACUGCAGGCUCUCGCCCCUCAGAUGGGCACUAUCACCACGGCUCAACUGCACUCAGAACAGCAGCCUGCUUCCCAGCUGUCUACGUCCACAAGUUCAGUUCCGUCUGGAUCUAACAUGCCUUCAUCUGCAGCAGCGCAGUCGCUGCAUGGAGCUGCGAUACCGGGCCGCCCCGCAGUACUGGGUCAGCAGGGAACACGGGUUCCCCCAUCCAGUGUCUCCUACAGUGGCAUGAGUGCUGUGACAGCCUCACAGCUGGAAGAUGCCCAGCGCCUGCUGUUACAGCAUCACCCACUGCUUUCUCUGCCACGACUGGCUGCAGGAGGAAUGACGGGUCUCACAGGACAGACUGCAGCUGAUGCAGGUGCCACUCUCGGACCGGAUGCCAGUGCAGAUGUCAGUGCUGCAGCCAUCUCAACUGGUGGAGAUGAUGACAGUUCAUCAGGAGCCAGUGUGGUCGCCAUAGACAACAAAAUCGAGCAAGCCAUGGACCUGGUGAAGAGUCACCUGAUGUAUGCGGUGCGUGAGGAGGUGGAGGUGUUGAAGGAGCAGAUAAAGGAGCUGAUUGAGAGGAACUCUCAGCUGGAACAGGAGAACACGCUGCUGAAGAACCUGGCCAGCCCUGAACAGCUCGCUCAGUUCCAGCAGCAGGUCCAGACGGCCUCCCCGACCUCUGGUGGAGCUCAGACCGGACCCCUCACACAGAGCCAGGGCCCCGGCCCCACCGCAUAACUACCUCUCCAUGAGCGACUCGCUCCAGACGACGAGAGACAACCUGACGUAGACUAAACGGUACUGUGAAGAGACCUGGACCUUCAGAGCGCAGGACGUCUGACACAGUACACACACUUUAGCAGAGCUUGAUCUGCCUCAGACAAUCAUUACUGACCAGGGUGGGACACGUGUGACUUCCUGUGCAAUCUGGGCUUGACCAAUCACGCCACGCAUGCCGAACGGGACCUUUCUUACAAGUGUUGUCGGUAUCAGCAGGAGCCGAUGACGUGAAAUCAUGCUGCUGUUGCCAUAUUUUCCUGUUUUUGUACAUCGUAUGAAGUUUUCAGUAUGCUUUGAUAUUUUUGUUACUGGUUUUAUUUGUUUACUUUUAUUUUUGUUGUUUAUUUUCUCCACUAGCUGUAUCAAAUUUAAAAUAAUGAGCACUUUGUAGUGGACACUUGUGAAUGAGACAACAAAACAGGGAGCACCUCAUCUGGAAUGGGGCGAGAGAAUCUGAAUUGAAACCAGUUUCACCCUUGAAUUUGUCCCUUUGUGAUGUGGGAAGGGGUUGUUAGUAAUGCCACAGUGUUGAACCCUUGAUAGUGUAUUUCUUGCUUGUAUAAACUCAUGGCUUGUGUUUCCAUAUGCAGAGAAAUAAAGUGAAUGGACUGUGGAACAGUUACUUUUAUGUGCCAUGAAGUUUCAGAUUGGAAUCACUCUAAAGGGUCUUGAUAUUCAUACAGUUUUUGUUCAUGUACAAAUACAUGUGGACAGUUUCACUGAAGAGCCGAGCACACACACAAAAACACACACAGACAUCCAGUGAACUGAUGAACGGAUCAAACACUCUUUCAGCUUGAGAAUCAUCAAAGAUCUGCUCAUAUCAAGUUCUUUGAAAGGGACUCUUCAUUAUCAUCGCUGGAAACCUGCUUUGCCUUACAGUCCAUCACUCCUGACGCAUCACAGCUCAAUGUGUUAGCCAUUAUGACCCGAACAAGUGUCAAAUAUGACCAGAUUUUUUGCAUGUUUCCUUCAAUGUGACGUCAUACAGCUGCACUAAACAGUUGCACAUCGACUUUAAUAAAACAAAACCGAAAUGAAAA